CUCCAUCUGCAAGGGCCUCAUAUUCCGCGCCUUUGUCAUCUAUCUCAUAUCGUCCAUGUUCAGGCGCCCCACCCCGCAGGCCGGGCCGGGCGGUGGAAAGCCGCAGGCGCCCGUGUACGCCACCAACAUGUUCGAAAAUGGAACGUUCAUGGACCUGUACGUGUAUGUGAGCGAGUCCGCCGACGGACCAGACUUCAGCCGGCCCGAGCAGCUGGCCUGGCGCCAGCUCGGACUACAGUACGGCGACUGGACGAGCGGGCCCGACGGCAACGGCAUCUUCUCCCACAAGCUCAUCUACCGGCCUUCGGAGGCGGUGCUCAACAACGGCUCGGUAUACCUGCACGUGUUCGUGGUGCGCGAGGGUCGCUCGCCGGACCCGUCCACAGGCCGGCUGUACUCGCGCCAGGAGACCAUCUCCGGCACCAAGCGGCUCAACAAGUUCAAACGCAAGGUGUACCGGCGGACGCAGAACCUGCUGACGGGCAGUUCGGAGAUUUCCGAGGAGGACCUCAAGGUAGGUGGCCACCUCCGUGGUGCCGUUCACGCCUCCCGCGCGGGCGGAGCCGGUCCGCUGAAGGGACGGCGGUCGGGGCGGAAGGAGAGCGAACUUGUCUCAGUCGCUAGCUCGCGGGCGGCCACGAUGGAUGACCGGCUUCACACCGACCGCGACAUCGCGGCGCGACGGAAGUCGGUUGUUGCGGACGGUCCAACACAGGGCUGGACGGUGGACUCAUUCGGCGCAGCGGCGUCUUCGGCGUACGAGCUGGCGGAGGCCAGGGCCGCGGUUUUCGACGCUCACAACAGGAAACCGUCGUCUUCGAAGGGAUCGACGUCGUUCUCGAAGGGGUCAAAGCCGGAGCCGGCCGCUCCGCCCGGCCGUGGCCCGCCGGCGACACUGUUGCCGCCUGGCGGUGACGUGAGGAACCUCGGCGGAGGCAGUGCACCGCGGUCGGCCGUUAUCGGCCACCCGCCGACGGUGCUGACGCGUAGCGGCGGCAGGAGGAGAGCAGGGGGAAAGAAACCUAGCGGCGACAUACCAACCAUGCCCACAAUCGUCGGUCGGCCGUCGGCUGUUCCUUCGCGAACUGACGGCGUGGGGAAGCCGAGCGGCGAUAUUGGGACAAAGUGCACGGCCGUCGGUCGUUCUUUCACAGCGCCACCGCGUGGUGGCGACGGAAGGAAACUGAGGGGCAUUAUUGGGACCAUGUUCACGGCCGCCGGUCGUCCUUCGACAGCGCCACCGCGUGGUGGCGGCGGAAGGAAACUGAGGGGCGUUAUUGGGACCAUGUUUACGGCUGUCGGCCAGCCGUCAACAGGGCUGCCUCUUCGCGUCGUCGUGCCGCCGGGCGCCUCGGUCUGGAAGAGCCGGGUGUAUGUGACGGACGGCCGCGGCCGAUAA